CAGCAGCCCCCGCUGCGCCGCCAUGUUGUUGGAGUGAAAGCUUGGAGCUAGAGAGUUUCGGGGCUGAAAUCCAUUUCCAUCCACCCGCUCCGCCUGUAAGUGCUGGUGGAAUGAGCGUUGCGUGUGUGUUGAAGAGAAAAGCAGUGCUCUGGCAGGACUCCUUCAGCCCCCACCUUAAACAGUACCCCCUCGAGACGAGCCAUCUCAGCAUGCCUGUGGUGUUGACGACGGGAGCAGGUGCGCCCCCCUCGGGGCAAGCCCCCCAGGCCGCGCCCCCCAGCCAGCCCCUCCCUGCGGGUGCACACUCGGGACAGGCGCCCGGGUCUGCGGGGGGGGCCGGCCGCUCGCAGGACGACGCCAUGGUCGACUACUUCUUCCAGAGGCAGCAUGGAGAGCAGCCUGGGGGAGGGGGCUACAACAACAGCAAGCACCGCUGGCCAACCGGCGACAACAUCCACUCGGACAACCAGGUGCGAUCAAUGGAUGGGCUUAACCAUGAUUUUCAAGCUCUGGCACUCGAGGGGAGAGCAAUGGGAGAGCAACUCUUGCCAGGCAAGAAGUUCUGGGAGUCGGACGAUUCAAGUAAAGACGGACCAAAAGGGAUAUUUCUUGACCAGUGGAGGGACUGUGCAUGGGGGGCCUCGGAUCAUUCGGUCUCUCAGCCAAUCAUGGUGCAGCGGCGGCCUGGCCAAGGUUUCCAUGGCAGCAGUGAGGUGGGCUCUGUGCUGUCUCCACGGUCAGAGAGUGGAGGGCUGGGGGUCAGCAUGGUGGAGUAUGUCCUGAGCUCGUCCCCAGGGGAGAAGCUCGACUCCUGCCUCAGGAAGGGAGCUUAUGGGCCUCGAGACCCGGAAGCAGAGGAACAUGAAAAGAGAGAGAAAAAGACCAAGACUACUUACGACGGGGAUAAACUAGGAGACUUGAAGGAAGUGGAGGGCGAUGGCAUGGAGAAACCAAACGGACUGCCCGUGCAGAAUGGCAUUGACGUGGACGUGAAGGAUUUCAGCCGCACCCCAGGGAACUGCCCGCCCCCCGGCAGUGAGGUGGACCUCAUGGGCCCCAGUCAGAACGGCUUGGAGGGACUGGCUCAGCUGGGCAACAGCAACGGAGCCAAACAGGUGGAGGACUUCCACAGCGUGGAGUCCCAUAACAUGCAGCUGGACCACAUGGAGUCUGUGGGCAUGGAGCCCCUGCAGUUCGACUACUCCGGCAACCAGCUUCCCAUGGACUCGGCCACAGCAGCCACUGUGGGGCUGUUUGACUACAACUCCCAGCAGCAGCUGUUCCAGAGACCCAGUGCCCUGGCGGUCCAGCAGCUGACAGCAGCACAGCAGCAGCAGUAUGCCUUAGCAGCUGCCCAGCAACCACACAUAGGUGUGUUUUCAGCAGGUCUUGCUCCCACCGCUUUUGUUCAAAACCCGUACAUCAUCAGUGCAGCCCCCCCAGGAACGGACCCCUACGCAGCAGGGCUCGCUGCGGCCGCCACGCUAGGCCCAGCAGUGGUCCCCCACCAGUACUAUGGAGUCACCCCCUGGGGAGUAUAUCCAGCCAACCUCUUUCAGCAGCAGGCUGCAGCUGCUGCUGCGGCAACCAACUCUGCCAAUCAGCAAGCAGCAUCCCAGAAUCAGCAGGGCCAGCAGCAGGUUCUCCGUGCAGGUGGCAACCAACGGCCUUUGACCCCGAACCAGAGUCAGCAGGGGCAGCAGAACGACCAGCUGGUAGCGGCCGCCGCUGUGAACUCAGCCCUUGCCUUUGGACAGGGGCUGGCGGCCGGAGUGCCAGGCUAUCCAGUUCUGGCGCCAGCUGCCUAUUAUGACCAAACGGGAGCCCUGGUGGUGAAUGCAGGGGCACGGAGUGGACUGGGGGGCCCGGUUCGGCUUAUGGGCCCAGCACCACUCCUCAUCAGUCCUUCAGCUGCACAGGCAGCGGUGGCAGCAGCGGCAGCAGCAGCCUCUGCCAGUGGUGCAAAUGGAGGUCUGGCUGGAGGAGCCAGCGGGCCCUUCCGGACCCUGGGUAACCAGCAGCCACAGCCCCAGCAGCAGCCAGGCAGCAACCUGGCCUCUAGCUCCUUCUACGGGAACAGCUCUCUGAAUACCAGCUCCCAGAGCAGCUCCCUCUUCUCACAGGGCUCCGGCCAGCCAGGGAACAACUCGCUGGGCUUCGGGGGCAGCAGCUCUCUUGGAGCCACGCUGGGAUCCACACUGGGGGGCUUUGGCACGGCAGUUCCGAACUCGAACACCAGCAGUGGCUCUCGUCGGGACUCCCUGACCAGCAGCUCGGAUCUCUACAAGCGGGCCUCGAACAGCCUAACACCCAUCGGCCACAGCUUCUACAAUGGGCUGGGCUUCUCCUCAUCCCCGGGGCCGGUGGGCAUGCCACUGCCCAACCAGGGACCCAGCCACUCGCUGACUCCACCCCCCUCGCUGUCCACACACGGGUCCUCAACCAGCCUCAACUUGGGUGGUCUGACCAAUGGGAGCGGGCGCUACAUCUCGGCCGCGCCGGGGGCGGAGGCUAAGUACCGCAGCGCUAGCAGCGGCUCCAGCCUGUUCAGCCCCAGCAGCCAGCUCUUCCCGUCCUCACGGCUCCGCUAUGGCAUGUCCGACGUCAUGCCCUCGGGACGCAGCCGCCUGCUCGAGGACUUCCGCAACAACCGCUACCCCAACCUGCAGCUGCGCGAGAUCGCAGGGCACAUCAUGGAGUUCUCCCAGGACCAGCACGGCUCCAGGUUCAUUCAGCUGAAGCUGGAGAGAGCCACACCUGCUGAGCGGCAGCUGGUCUUCAAUGAGAUCCUGCAGGCUGCCUACCAGCUCAUGGUGGAUGUCUUCGGAAACUACGUCAUCCAGAAGUUCUUUGAGUUUGGCAGCCUGGACCAGAAGCUGGCUCUGGCGGAGCGAAUCCGCGGGCACGUUCUGUCUCUCGCUCUGCAGAUGUAUGGCUGCCGGGUGAUCCAGAAAGCUCUCGAGUUCAUUCCCUCAGACCAGCAGGUUAUUAGCGAGAUGGUACGAGAGCUUGACGGCCAUGUGCUGAAGUGUGUGAAAGACCAAAACGGGAACCAUGUGGUGCAGAAGUGCAUAGAGUGUGUGCAGCCUCACUCCUUACAGUUCAUCAUCGACGCUUUCAAGAGCCAGGUGUUUGCCCUGUCCACCCACCCGUACGGCUGUCGUGUGAUACAGCGAAUCCUGGAGCACUGCCUGCCUGAGCAGACCCUGUCCAUCCUGGAGGAGCUGCACCAGCACACCGAGCAGCUAGUGCAGGACCAGUAUGGAAACUAUGUGAUUCAACAUGUUCUGGAGCAUGGGCGUGCAGAGGACAAGAGUAAGAUAGUGGCUGAAAUCCGAGGCAAUGUCCUGGUUCUGAGCCAGCACAAGUUUGCCAGCAAUGUGGUGGAGAAGUGUGUGACCCACGCCUCCCGCUCCGAGCGAGCCAUGCUGAUCGACGAGGUGUGCAGCAUGAACGAUGGCCCUCACAGUGCCUUAUACACCAUGAUGAAGGAUCAGUAUGCUAACUACGUGGUGCAGAAAAUGAUCGACGUCGCUGAGCCAACCCAGCGCAAGAUUGUCAUGCACAAGGUAGGCUGCUGGAGGAAUGAACAGAUCCGGCCCCACAUUGCCACCUUGCGCAAGUACACCUACGGCAAGCACAUUCUGGCCAAACUGGAGAAGUACUAUAUGAAGAACGGUGUGGACCUGGGGCCCAUGUGCGGACCACCCAACGGUAUCAUGUGACUGACGCCCUCUGUGUCCUUCCGCACACUCUCGCACACAGACCCGCACCAACGCCCAACCAGGAGCAGCCGGGCCCAGACGCUCUCCAGCAACCUUCCGGAUUCCGCUGGCAUUCUAAACUGAGCCGGCUUGCUUGCUUUCGUUUCUUUUUCCUUUUUUUUUUUUUGUAAGGUUGCUAAUUUAUUUUACGAGAAGCCUUUGUAAAUUUAUUUUAAAUUUGUUUAUGCAUAUACUGCUAAUUUGGUAGUUUUUUUAUUGUAAAAAAAAAAAAAAAAAAAGCCAACUGUCCUGUUUUAUUUAUUUUUUCUUUAAAAAAUAAAUAAAUCUAUCACUGGUGUAUAGAAUUAUUGUACAUAAGUCUAAAGAGAGAAAUGCCCACAUAUGGGGCAGUGUGUUGUUUUUUCUUCACGGUUGUAUCUAUAAUCAUUGUGGUGACUGCAGGACAGCUGGCUGGAUUCGUUUCCACAGUGAACUGCAACAAUCUCGACGCCCUGAUAAGGAGUUUAGUUUCUUUUGUUAUUUUGCUUAAAUCGCAUUUAAGAUUUUGCUGUGCUAACUGCUAUAGUUCAAAAAUACUUUUUUUUAGAAUUUCAUACAUUUUUUUUGUAUAGUAUUGAAAACGUAGUGCUUGCAGAUUUAAUCUGAAGUAAAUUUACUCGCCUGUAAAUCCUAGAGAAAGGGGUUGGUGUGAUGCAUUUCCUGUGUCUUCUCUCAUUCUUCUUUUGCUAAUAUAAAAGCAGACUCUUUGAUUAUUACGCACGGGAGAAGUGUUUAAAAAAUAAUUUUGGUCUUGCUUGUAUAAAUAGAUAGUGUAUACUUGGUGUAGACUUUUGCAUAUAUAUAUAGAAAUGACAUUUGUAGUUUUUUUGAUGUUCAAUCUGUAACUAUAAUGUACCCUAGUAGUGAACACAUACUUCUGAUUGUAUAAUUGUACAUUUGUAAACCUUCUGUAAUGUAAAUGUGGAGAACUUGGAAUCAACUGUACAACCCUUUUGGUAUAAAGAAAUACAAGAAAUAUUAGACAGACCUGUGCAUUUCAGUGUAUAUUCACACUUUUUUGUGGUCGUGGCAUAUAUAGUUGUUGUAUAUUGUAAAUUGUAAUAUCUAUCAAA